AACAAAAAGUCAGAAUCCGAAUAUUCGGUGGUGAACUAUUAAAAACCACUUUAAACUAAGCAGAAGUUUACCAAAACUAGGAGCUUUGCUUUGCAACCAAGAAUUGAGCACAGAGGAGUUGAUUUGGUUUACAAUAGCUCCUAAAAUGAUAUUGGAUAUUGGAAAUUAAGGUCGUAAUAGUGGCACUCAGUUAGCUUUACAAGGUCAUCUGAACAAGUCGGAGAUGAAGGUAUUUGUUCGAGAGUGUAAAACCGAUAAAGUGUUGCUGACAUGGGAAAACAUCCCAAAUGAUGCUGUCAUUUUGGAUGUAAAGAAACGGAUAUAUGAAGAGAAAAGAAAACCAAAGUUAGUCAGGCAGAGCAUUCGUCUUGAGCCACGAGGGAAAUCAAUAAAUGAUAAUAAACGACUCUGCGAUUUAACCAAUACCUCUGAUACAUCUGACUGCUUAAAUUUAUAUGUAAAAGAUUUAGGCCCACAAAUUGGCUGGCGUACUGUCUUCUUAGUUGAAUAUACAGGUCCAUUAGUUAUUUAUAUAAUUGUUUGGUGCCUGAGACAACCAUUUUUCAAAAAUUCUCUCCUACCUCCAAUAUCAUCGGAUGCUUAUUUACGUAAAGUUGCUUUAGCUUGUUGGUGUCUGCAUUAUGUGAAACGUUUAUUGGAGACCGCGUUCAUUCAUCGAUUUUCGCAUGCUACAAUGCCGUUACGCAAUCUAUUUAUCAAUUGUACAUAUUAUUAUGGAUUUGGUUUAUUUGUUGGCUAUUUUACAAAUCAUCAUUUAUAUACACCACCUACUUUUGGUCAUACACAAAUAGUAAUCGGUUUCUUAUUGUUUGUAAUUGGUGAAUGGGGGAAUUUUUGUUGUCAUUUAACCUUGAAACGACUUCGACCAGCUGGUUCAACUGUUAGAAAAAUACCCUAUCCAAUGCCAGGUUGGUUUCUCACGCGUAUGUUCAACUUGGUGGCAUGUCCUAACUACACCUAUGAAGUCCUGUCAUGGAUUGGUUUUACAAUAAUGACACAAACUCUACCGGCGCUUUUAUUCACAAUCUUUGGAUUUCGUCAAAUGACUGUUUGGGCUAUUGGGAAGUUGAAGGCGUAUCGACGUGAAUUUCCUGAUUUCCCUAAAAAUCGUAAAGCUAUUGUCCCAUUCCUUCUUUAGGAUUAUCAUCAUCUUUUUUACCUUUCUUUAAACAAUCACAGUGGGGUGUGUCUGUGUGAUUUCUCAAUCCCCUAUUCAUUGUUACUAUUAUUAUUAUUAUUAUUAUUAU